AUGGAAGCGAGAUAUACUUCGAUGGUCCGCGCGAAUAUGGCUCGACGACAUCAGACUUCGAGGAAUAGAUUCGUCUCCCAUGCACUGUUGCCCGAGAUUUUCAACAACUCCAAGCUGCUGCUCUAUAUCCAUGAAAACAAGUCUAAUUUCUUAAAGAAUGUUGUGGUCAAAAAGCUCGAAGACUACGAGCGAAUACUCCGACUGCGCAAAGAAUUUCGACCGCCGCAAGAAGUCACCGUGCCCAGCUCCUUGAUUUUUGCAUUUUCUUGUGCGACGACCAUCGGCUACAGCCAUGUCUAUCCGAUGACACAAGCGGGUCGCCUCUUCUCAAUUUUCCUUACAAUUGUUGGAGUGCCAUUUACGAUGAUCGUCAUCAAUGAUUUGGCCUAUUUGAUCGACUACCGGCUGGCCAAUUCCAAUCGAUUAUUGGGGAUCCCUGUAACUUUGGCAUCGCUGGCGCUUAUCGGCUGGCUUGCUCUGGGAUGCGCUCUCGCGGCAAAUAUCUAUACCCGGGAGCCGCUGAGCAACCUACUGUACUUUGUCAUUUCCACGCUGGCUACUGUAGGCCAUGCGCAAUUCGUAUUACCUGCGGACUCCCCAACGCUCUUGGCAAGCUGGGCGGUAUUCACGCUACUGGGGCUGGCCCUGGUCUCCCUCUUCGUCAACCUGAUGCACACCAAAUUUGCGUCGGCCUAUUGGAUACCGGGUAGAAUGAUGCGGACGGCACCCAAUGGGCAAUGCCCUCGAUGUCUACACCUGGCCACCUUCGACUCGUUUGAAGAGCUGGAGGGUAGCGAGCCGUCCCUCAAUCACCUCACCACGCUCGGCAUCUUUCAGACCGAAGAUAAAUGCCGUUUGAUCAACUUUGAACGUGCAGAAAAGGCUUGUGUCGAUGCGAUCGUGCAGACAGAGGAUCGGAACGGAAAUCAGGAACCGGAACCCCACCUGAUCGGAUCGAUAUACGAGGAGCCUCGAGUCUACCUGGCAGCCGGACGGAAUGGAAUUUCAAAGGAUGACGUCCAUAGUCUGCUGGCGGAAACCUACGCAUCACAACCACCUCGAUUGAUAUUU